AGAGGUAUGGGGACAGCAGGAACAUGGGGACAGAGGGGACAUGGAGACAGCCGUAGGGAUAGUAGGAACAUGGGGACAGCGGGGACAUGAGGACAGACAUGGGGACAGUGGGGACAUGGAGACAGCAGGGACAUGGAUAUAGAUCUGGGGACAGAAGGGACCUGGGGACAGAAGGGACCUGGGGACAGCAGGGACAACAAUCACCGACCCCACCUGCAGGAGCCCCCACCCUCCUGUCCCCCCGCUGCACCCCUCAGCAUCCCCCCCUGCACUUGGAAGGCUGGGGGCUACGAGGUGGAGCCGAGCGGGACCCCCAGCCUUAUUGCAGCCCCCAGCCCCGCUUUGCAGGGCAGCUCCGGCCUUCCCGAGCCCACCCAGGAGGGCUGGCAGCGGGCCGUGAGCUGCGCCCCACUCCGGUUUGCUCCCUGCGGGGCCAAGAGUGCGGCGUGCGCCCUUGGGCAGCCGCCAGCCCCGGCCCCUUCCAAGGGGCGCAGCUGGCAGCGGGGCACGAAACGAGCCCGGGGCCGUCGUGCUCCAGCGCGCGGCGCCCGGGCAGCGCACCCCGACCUGCACCAAGCGAGCAGGAAACACCUUCCCCGUGCCCGCGGCACGCAGGGUUCAAAACGUUCCCUCCCCGCUGGCGGCUCAGCCCGUUUCUCCAGGCGGAACCGGUCGCUUGGCAGCCUGGUGCUCAGCGCCACGGCCUCCGACCCCAGCCCGCUGCCAGCCCCCUUUGCCAGCCCCUGGGGUCCCCGUGGCUGGCACCCCGCUGUCCCCUGGGUGCUGGAGGUGGCUGCAGGCACCCGGUGUCCCAGCCGAGCCCCGUGGCCGCCCACCUUCCCCUUCCCACGCUGCCUGACCCGGCACAAACGUUCUUAAGGAAUAAGGAGAAAUUGCUUCGCGUGCUUUUGUGCAGACUCUUUCACAAGCACGAUUUUCUUAUCCUUUUUUUUUUUUUUUUUUUUUCCCUUUGUUCUGAUGUUUUCCUCCCCAGAACUUGUCGGGACUCACUUUGGGGUAUUUUUAAUUAAGAGCAGGGGACUCGGGACGGCAGCAGGUCGCAGCGCCGCUGUUUUCAAGGGCUGGGCUAGCAAAAAUCUGGCAAAAUCUGACAGCGCGGUGGCACGUGCAGCGUGGCAGGAGUGUCCCCCCUGCGUGGCUCCCCCCUGACGGGCAUU